UCAAAAUAGAGUUUAUUUAGUUUGGUUUGGUUGGUUUUUGGGGCGUUUACCGAUCAACCGAUAAAUUUUUUGUUUCGCUAAACUUUACAUAAAUAAUGACUAAAUCUUUUUAAUUCUCAUUAAUAUCAUUAAAAACUCAAGAUGAAAGCAACUCAAAUAGUUUUGAUCUCCUCUAUUCUAGUUGCUAACGUAGCCGCUAGGUUUGGGUCUGAAGCUGUUAUAAAUACCUUCAAAGGAUAUGUGCCAGUGGAAGGGCAGGAGAUUCUGACAUGGUGUACAACAUCCCUAUUGGAGCAAGAGAAAUGUGAAAAGCUAAUGAAGAUUAUGAUGCUUGAUAAGGGAUUGUUUGGGGAAGAAUACAUAGAGUUGAGAUGCAAAAGAGCAUUUGAUGUAGAAGAAUGUAUGUCCAUGGUGGACCAGGGACAAGCUUCAUUGCUGGCACUUGACGCUGGAGAGGUCUACGUAGCUGGCCGGUAUCACUCUCUGGUGCCCAUAGCUCAGGAGUUGUAUGGCCAAGGAGAACCUUACCAAUACUCUGUGGCGGUAGUCAAGAAAGGAAGUCUUCCAUCUGUUCAACCUGGAGCAGGUCUACAUGGAUUGCGAGGGGCAAAGGCCUGUUUCCCAGGAGUUGGGUCCCUGGCUGGAUGGGUCAUGCCUAUACACAUUUUGAUGCAAGAAGGUGGUCUCAAGAUAACGGAUUGCAACAACCAUGUGAAAUCGGCGACGAAUUUCUUUGGAGAAUCGUGCGCACCGAACUCGCUCAAAGACAUAUACAAUCCCAUUGGUGAUAACUCUGAUAAGCUAUGUAAGCUAUGCACCGGCGGGCCAGGCAUUCGAUGCACGUUACGAGAUCCCUACGCCGGGUACGAAGGAGCCCUGAAAUGCCUCAUCGCCAACGGCACCGGCGACAUAGCGUUCGUGAGAGACACCACUAUACAGCACGCGUUGCUGUCGAACAAGAUUUUGGGAGGUGUAACCGAGGAUCAGUUCGAGCUGAUCUGCCGCGACGGGUCCCGGCGCGGGCUGCGCGCGCACGCGCGCUGCCACUGGGGCCGCGUGCCCGCCGACGCCGUCGUCACCUCCAGCGCCGCCGCCGCCGCCACCCGCCGCCGCUUCCAAAACAUCCUGAAGAAGAUAGUGGAGCUGUACGGAGAUCCGAACCCUCUAAACCUGGCGGUGAACAUGAGCGAAGUCACUCAACAAAGGGAUGCAUUCGGCAACCCUGUGUAUUCUAGUACUGCAUCUCCCAGAUAUCCGUACGACCAAUAUAAUAGGAACAGUUUUAGUAAUCAAGAUGAUGAUUAUAAUGGCAUAUCGACCACGCCGCCUCCGUUCAAAGUGCGUUACGACGCGGCCGGGCGUCCGAUUGAGCUGCCAUUCCACCUCUUUCAGUCCAACGGAACUACGGACUUGCUGCUACAAGACUCAACAAUAAACUUCCGCAUACUGGAAGAGGACGACCAGACCGCCAGCCACAUACUCCGCAACGAGUUCGUCGGCGACCAAGCUGAGAAGGCGGUCAUGGGGAUCAUGGACUGUCCCGUGAAGAGAGCGGUGCUCUGUGUCACCAGCGACCCGGAGAUGGACAAGUGUGUCAAGAUGAGGGUGGCUCUGAAAGCAGCGUUCCUGUCGCCCACGCUGGUGUGCUGGCGCGGGCACAGCACGCGGCACUGCGAGCGCGCCGUGGCGGACGGCGCGGCGGACUUCGCGGUGCUCGACUCGGCCGACAUGCUGCACGCCGCUUAUAAACACCGUCUCGUGCCUUUUAUGCAACAAAUAUACUCAUCGGGCAACAGCUGGUACUACGCCGUCGCAGUUGCCAAGGAACAGGAUCCUGAUACGGACCUCACGUACUUACGCGGCAAGAACACGUGUCACACCGGCAUCGGCAUGGCGGCCGGGUGGGUCUACCCGUUGGCGUAUCUCAUCUCUAACGGGUGGAUAAGACCGUACGGCACGGACGGCGCGCACGCGGCCGCGUCGUACUUCAGCAAGUCGUGCGCGCCCGGCGCGCUCAGCUCCGAGUUCGUGGACGCGGGCAGCGUGCCGCACGACAACCUGUGCCACCUGUGUCACGGGGGCUCCUUCCGCCGCUGCCGCCGCGACGCCAGCGAAGACUACUACGGCCACAUAGGCGCCGUCCGCUGUAUGGUGGAAGGCGGUGGAGACGUGGCUUUUGUCAGACAUUCCGCACCAGCUGAGGCCUCUGGCGGGAGAAGGAGAGAGUGGUGGGCGAGAGACUUGCUGGCUGAUGACUUGCAGUUAUUAUGUCCUGAUGGUACCCGGGCCAAAACGCACGAGUACAAAAACUGCAAUCUUGGCAAAGUUCCGGGGGCAGUGCUGAUGGGUCGCCCCAACCACACGGAGUUGGACACGUACUCCAAUCUGAUGGUGUAUGCGCAACAGUUGUAUGGCGCCAUCACUUCUGAUGACUUCAGCUUCAGCAUGUUCUACUCCCCACCGCCGUACUCCGACCUCAUAUUCGACGACGCCGCAGUCCGCCUAAAGCCGCUCUCACACCGACAGCGUUCAGCGGAAUUCGUCGCCGGGAAAGCGUUACUCAGAGCCGCUCGAAUAGUCUCCAGCGACGCCCCUCAAGCGGCUUACUAUAUCGCGUCUGAUCCAGACUUCUUGUCCCACGCGUACAGAGUAGGAUUCGUCGGCGAAUUAAUCGCGUUCGCAGUUUUUGUCGUCGCUUUGUUGCGGUAAAUGUGCUUUUAUAACUUUGAGAGUACGUUAAAGGAAAAUAACGGCAGAUGACACUUAUGCUGAGGGUCGACCGCCAUGCCUCGUCUCUAGUUCUGUAUGUAUGAUUAAAUAGAAAAUAUUUGCAAAUCAACUUGUGUGCCGUAUUGUACCGUACCCAAUUGUGGAAAACUGUUACGUACUGUUGUAAUAUAUUCCUGCAAUGACUUUUAGGAGUUACUAUUUUACUCUCUAAAUAAAUCUGUAUUUCUUAUUACAAUCUGAUAUUAUGCUGCAACUUUGAAUCUCGUCUCUAUGUGGCUUUUAUUAUUACAUUUUUUGUGUUUGUUUUCUAGUAUUUUUUUAUUGUGUAGCUACUAUAGCUAUAAUUGUAUUCUAAUUCUAUAUUGUAGUAAUUUUAUUUUUACGCGCGUAGGACUUUUAAGCUAAAUCACCAUAAUAUAGUUUUUACUUUUUUGAGAAAAGUAUUUUAAUUUAAAUUUCUGAAUAAUAGUUUAUAAGGAUUAUUUUAAUAUUUUUUUAUACUUCAUUUAUUUUGCAAUAUAACUUUUUGAUAUUAUUUUUAAAUUUAUAAUUUAUAUUUCUUAUAAAUAUACUUUUUUACUAGCUUUAAGCAUCAAUAUAAUUGUUCAAUUUAAUAUACAAUUUCAAUCAAUGUUUUUUAUGUAUAAUAGUGCCUUUUAUAUAGUUUAAACCAAAUCCGUCCACAAUGUACCUAGACUGAAUA